AUGGGGGGGUGUGGGGGGGGGGUUGGGUGUGGGGUGGGAGUAGCGGUAGAUGUGAGGGGGGAGGGGGUAGGGGGGGGGGGGGGGGGGGGGGGGUGGGGGGGGGGGGGGGGGGGGGGGGGGGGGGGGGGGGGGGGGGGGGGGGGGGGGGGGGGGGGGGGGGGGGGGGGGGGGGGGGGGGGGGGGGGGGGGGGGGGGGGGGGGGGGGGGGGGGGGGGGGGGGGGGGGGGGGGGGGGGGGGGGGGGGGGGGGGGGGGGGGGGGGGGGGGGGGGGGGGGGGGGGGGGGGGGGGGGGGGGGGGGGGGGGGGGGGGGGUGGGGGGUGGGGGGGGGGGGGGGGGGAACGUGGGGGGGUGGGGAUGGGGGGGGGGGGGGGGGGGGUUGGGGUGGGGGGGGUGUGGUAGGGGGGGGGGGGGGAUGGGUGGGGGGGGUGUGGGGGGGGGGUGGGGGUGGUGGGGUGUGUGGGGUGGGUGGGGUGGGGGUGGGGGGUGGGGGGGGGGGGGGGUGGGGUGGGUGGGGGUUGGGGGGGUGUGGUUGGGGGGGUGGGGGGGGGGGGGGUGGUGGGGGGGGUGGGUGGGGGGGGGGUAGUGGGGGGGGGGGGGGGGGGGUGUUGGUGUGGGGGUGGUGGGGUGUGUGUGGGGGUGGUGGGGGGGUGGGGGGGUUGGGGGGGGGGGGGGGUGGUUGGGGGGGGGGGGGUGGGGGGUGGGGGGAGGGGGGGGGGGGGGGGUGGGGGGGGGGGGGGGGGGGGGAGUGGUGGGGUUGGGGUGGUGGGGGUGGGGGGGGGGGGGGGGGGGGUGUGGGGGGGGGGGGGGGGGGGGGGGGGUGGUGGGGUGGGGGGUGGGGGGGGGGUGGGGGUAGGGGGGUGUGGGGGGGGGAGUGGGGGGGGUGGGGGGGGGGGGGGGGUGGGAGGGGGGGGGGGGGGGGGGGGGGGUGUGGUGGGGGGGGGGGGGGGGGGUGGUGGGGGGGGGUGGGGGUGGUGUGGGGGGUGGGGGGGGGGGGGUGGUGGGGGGGUGGGUGGUGGGGGUGGGGGUGUGGGGGGUGGGGGUGGGGGGGUGGGGGUGGGGGGGUGGGGUGGGGGUGGGGGGGGGGGGGUGGGGUGGUGUGGGUGGGUGGGGGGGGGGGGGGGGUGGGGGGGGGGGGUGGUGGUGGGGGUGGUGGUGGUGGUGGUGGUGGUGGUGUGUGGUGGUGGUGGUGGUGGUGGGUGUUGGUUGUUUUGGUGGGGUGUGGGGUGGGGGGGGGGUGGUUGGGAGGGGAGGGGUGGGGUGGUGGGGGUGGGUUGUGUUUGUGGUUGGGGGGGGUGGUGGGGGGUGGGGGGUUGGGGUGGUGGGGUGGGGGGGUGGGGGGGGGGGGGGGUGUUGUGGGGUGGGGGUUUGUGGUGGGUGGGGGGUUGGUGGGGUGUGGGUGGGGGUUGGGGGGGGUGUGGGUGGGGGGUGGGGUGGGGGGUGGGUGGGGUGUGUGGUGGGGUGGGGGGGGGUGGGGGGGGGGGUGGGGUGUGGGGGGGGUGGGGGGGGGGGGGGGGGUUGGUGGGGGGGGGGGGGGGUGGGGGGGGUGGUGGGUGGGUGUUGGUGGGGGGGGGGGUGGGGGGGGGGGGGGGGUGGGUGGGGUGGGGGGGGGGGGGGGUGUGGGGGGGGUGGGGGGGGGAGGGGGGGGGUGUGGGGGGGGUAGGGGGGGGGGGGGGUGGGGGGGGGUGGGGGGGGGUGGGGGGUGGUGGGGGGGGGUGGGGGGGGGGGGGUGGGGGGGGGGGGUGGGGGGGUGGUGGGGGGGGGGGGGGGGGGUGGGGGGGGGGGGGGGGGUGGGGGGGGGGGGUGGGGGGGGGGGGUGGGGGUGGGUGGGGGGGGUGGGGUGGGGGGGGGGGGGGGGUGGGGGGGGGGGGGGGGGGGGGGGGGGGUGGGGGGGGGGGGACACGGAGGCCUGGCCAGGGCGCGGGGGGGGGGUGGAGGGGGGCGGUCCAUCCUGA